AAUAAUCUUAUUUCAGUUUAAGUUAUUUCUAUUUAUCGCAAAUUGUUUGUUUAUUUAUUUUUGUAUCAAAAUGAUCUUAUAAAUAAUUUCAGAACAACUACAGCUGUGUGACAUCUUUAGAUUCAAAAUAUUGUCUUCCAUAAGUAAUAGAAAAUGAUGAUAUCGCGGUCUAAACACCGAUCAUCGGUGGAUGUUUGUUCUGACUGCGGAGCGUCAGAUCCGUCAUGGGCGUCAAUAAACCGCGGGCUCCUGCUGUGCGCCGAGUGCUGUAGUGUCCACAGGAGUAUGGGACGACAUAUUUCGCAUGUGAAGUCCUUACGCCAAGGUUCAUGGCCGCCGUCACUUUUAGCGAUGGUGCAAGCUCUCACUGCUCAAAAUGUCAACUGCAUUUGGGAACAUUCCCUACUCGACACAUCAGCACCUAAACACUUACGGAAAAAACCACAAGCGAAAGAUCCUUUGCACCCAAUAAAAUCAGAGUUCAUCCAAGCUAAGCAUCUGCGACUGGCAUAUGUAUUGAGAGCUCGUCGAGAUGAACCUCCCAGUGAGUUGGGGAGACAACUACACAGUGCAGUGAGGAGCUCCUCACUGGACACUGCAAUGAGACUUUUAGCGCAAGGAGCUGACCCCAACUAUUAUAAUCAGGAGAAAGGUACUACAUGCCUACAUGUAGCAUGCAGAGCGGGACAGCCUGCUCAAGCUGAGCUCCUGGUGGCGUGGGGUGCUGAUCCAACAGCACGGGACAAUGGUGGGAACACACCAUCAGACAGUGCCAGACAAGGCGGUUACACAGAGCUGGCGGAUCGCAUGACGGAGCUAGUAUACGAGGCGACCGACCGCAUGAUCUACUUCCUGUCCGGCGAGAAACCGGACCACGCGGCCGGCCGCCACUACAUCGUGCCCCGAGCACACGACACGCACGAGAUGACAGACGUCGCGAAGGCCGCCAGAGGGAAGCUGCAGUUGCUACCCAAUCAUCUGUUUGAAGAGUUAGUUAUGGAUAUAUACGAUGAAAUUGAUCGGCGGGAGACUGAAGCCAUAUGGCAGACAAGUGCAACAGGGUUAGAACGGAGCGGCGUAGUUUUCCUUCCGGUGAACCCAGCUCUAUCAGCUCCUCGGAACCAGGGCAGGCAGAAGCUGGCGAGGCUUUCUAUCGCGGAGAUGGCCGCCCUACUCCGAGACGUACUAGUGGAUGCUACACGUCGUCAGCAUAUUGCUACCCUGCAGCCAAGAAGCCUGGCUGGUCCUCAGAACCCUCUUCUAUCCGCUAGUCAUUUGAAACACUUCUCCCAGUUGUCGGAUGAUGAGCCGCUGUACGACUCGGUGGCUUCUGAUGAGGACUAUGCCGCUUUGGCACCAAUAGAUCUUGAUUUGUCACACAUCGUGCCACGGCCCGGCGAAACUGUUUCUUCCACUUACAACGCCUCACUACCCAUCGAGCAAUCCCUAAAUGUAGAAUUUCGCAGAACACAAUCCCCUAUUAGCAUGGGUGUUGUACCAGAGCGAGGUGAAAUCCUGAGCCUUAAAAAGGAAUUAGACAGCAGAGACUCGACUAUCACAGAACUGAAAAACCAACUGAAGAACUUGCAGACUAUAGUGGAACAAUUAACAAAAGAAAACAGCGUAUUAAAAACAAAUAGUAUUGACGAUGAUCAGAGUAUGACGUCGCAGACUUCUGCAAACGAAAGUACCGCUAGUAAUAUGUUAGAGUCUAGUUCUAAACCUCAAGAGAGGGGGAGGAGUCUGGAAUCGGAGGAGCUGCGGUCGCCCGAGGAGUCAGAUUUGAGGCAAACAUUGAAAAGCACACAGCGCCCGGUCAGUAUGUAUGAGCCUAGGGAGGGACCAAAGAAUAACUGGCAGGUUACUAAACAUCAGCUGACGACUGUGUCGGGGCUGGAGCGGUCGCUGACGCAGGGCGCGCUGGAGGAGUGGGCGGGGCCGGAGGAGGGGGCGGGGGCGGGGCCGGGGCCGGGCCCGCAGGAGAUGCCGGGCGCGGAGGCAGUGCAGCGGCGGGCCGAGGCGGUCACCCGCGCCAUACAGGAGCUGUGGGCGGCCGCGCGCGACCUCCCCGCGCGCCCCCCGCCUUCCCCCCUCCACGUGCGCCGUGCCGUCGCAGACCUGCUCGCGCUCUUUCCACAGCCGUGUCCGGAGCCGUCGGUGCAGGCGGUGGUGGAGGCGCUGCGCGCGGCGUCGUCGGCGGUGUUCCGCGCGUGCUGUGCGCCGGCGCCGCUGCCGGAGCUGCGGGCGGCCGCCUACGACCUGGCCAAGGCCACCAAGCUGCUCGUCACGCACUUCCAGCCCUCCUAGCGCCGCGCACACUACUACUACACCACCGUGUAGUACUCCCUCCGAGGGGAAUGAUCGUGGUUGUACCAUUGGUUGUAACGUAGCAAAAAUCCAUGGCAGCUAUUUGGUUGUUUGCUAAGAACUAAGCUAAAUAUGUUUAUUUGAUUGUAUGCUAAAUGGCUAUUCAAAUGGACUUACUAAUAAGCAUAUUUGAAUCACAAAUAAAUAUAGUGUAUUAAAAGAUUAAACUCCUGUACAAUGUCAGCCCCCGCCUGAACAUAGUUUAUCUAAUUUUAAGAUAUUUUAUGUAAUAUUUUUCGUCGUAUAUUUUCGCGUCGACAGGUUAUGUGCCCAGUUUUUUCUGCUUGAUGUAAAUUAGUGUCGUAUGAAUACUGACCGCGAUUGUUUAUUUU